AUAGUUUUCAAAUAUGCAAAAAAAGGAAAUUUUAAUAAUUGGAUAAAUAAGAAUUAUGAAUGUUUCAAUUGGCAUGAUAAAUUAUCUGUAUUGGAUAAUAUUAUUUGUGGUCUUGAAGAAAUUCAUCAAAAAAAAUAUAUUCAUCAUGAUUUUCAUACGGGAAAUAUAUUAUUUUUAAGGGAGAAGAUAUAUAAUUUUGGUAAUAGUAUAUCAAUUUCAGACAUGGGAUUAUUUGGAGAAGUUGGUAAUGAAGAUGAAACAAAAAUUUAUGGAGUUAUGCCUUAUGUGGCUCCUGAAGUGUUAAGAGGAAAGCUUUACACUCAAGCAGCAGAUAUCUAUAGCCUUGGUAUGAUCAUGUAUUUUGUAGCAACUGGAAGACAACCUUUUUACGAUCGUGCACAUGAUCAUCUUCUUGCAUUAGAUAUUUGUAAAGGAGUUAGGCCAGAAAUAAAUGAACCAGAAGCGCCAAGCUGUUAUAUUAGUUUAAUGAAAAAGUGUUGGGAUUCAGACCUAAACAAUAGACCAAAUAUUAUUGAAGUAGAUGAUUUAAUCACAUCAUUUUAUAAAUCAUCUGGGUAG